UAGCUACCUCUCCAAUCUUUUAAUCUUUAUUUCACAUUUCACAUUUCACAUUUCACAUAUUAUCCACAAAAUAUAAGAAAAUUAGAUCUCUUAGCCUCUCAUAAAAGAAAGUUAGCAAGAAUGGUUAGUCUCGACUCACGACAAAUUGUAAUUAAAUCAAUAACAGUUUGAAAAAUAAAAAAUGAUAAAUACGCACAUAACAAUGAGUUUGAUCAUCUUCGCCUUUCAUCUCCACCAACGCAUUUUGUGUCUCUAAUCAAACAAUUGAAACCGACUUUAGCCUCAAACACCCCCUAAAGCAAGCAGAGCCGCACGCAGAAAUUAGGGCUUCUUCCAAUUUGACAAUGGUAAAUGUCAGCAAUCCGCAGCCUGAGAACGGCUAAGAUGGAAUCCAAUCAGCUAAACCAGCUGAGGGACAUCUUCGCCCGGUUCGACAUGGACCACGACGGCAGCCUCACGCAGCUGGAGAUGGCCGCCCUCCUCCGCUCGCUCGGCCUCAAGCCCUCCGGCGACCAGAUCCACUCCCUCCUCGCCAACAUGGACGCCAACCGCAACGGCUCCAUCGAAUUCGACGAGCUCGUCGCCGCAAUCCUCCCCGACAUCAACGAGGAGGUGCUUCUCAACCAGGACCAGCUCAUCGAGCUCUUCCGCUCCUUCGAUCGCGACGGCAGCGGCUACAUCACCGCCGCCGAGCUCGCCGGACAGAUGGCUAAGAUGGGGCACGCCCUCACCUACCGCGAGCUCAGCGACAUGAUGCAGGAGGCCGACACCAACGGCGACGGCGUCCUCAGCUUGCACGAAUUCGUCACCAUUAUGGCCAAAUCUGCUGUCGAGUUUCUCGCCGAGCCUGAAUCAUCUUCCUCCUCCUAGGGUUUACUCAUCUUAAUUUUUUUUAAAUUGGGCGAAGUGGAUGUGGCAUUCUAGAUUGGGGCGAUUAUGGUGUAUGAUGAACUAAUUCAUCUUAAUUUGUGAAGCUAAUUGCGAUUCGUGAAUUGUUGAA